GCCCCGGGCCCGCCUGCGCCCGCGGCGCGGCCACCGCCAUGGACAAGAUCCUGGAGGGCCUGGUGAGCUCCUCGCACCCGCUGCCCGUCAAGCGCGUGAUCGUGCGCCGGGUGGUGGAGUCGGCCGAGCACUGGCUGGACCAGGCGCAGUGCGAGGCCAUGUUCGAGCUGACCACCCGGCUCAUCCUGGAGGGCCAGGACCCGUUCCAGCGGCAGGUGGGCCACCAGGUGCUGGAGGCCUACGCGCGCUACCACCGGCCCGAGUUCGAGGCCUUCUUCAGCAAGCCCUUCGUGCUGGGCCUGCUGCAGCGCGGCUACCACUCGCUGGGCCGGGCGGACGUGGCCAUCCUGGACUACAUCCACACGGGCCUGAAGCUGAUCAUGAGCUGCCCGUCCGUGCUCGACCUGUUCGGCGCGCUGCAGGUGGAGGUGCUGCGCCUGGUGUGCGAGCGGCCCGAGCCGCCGCUCUGCGCGCGCCUCUGCGACCUGCUGGGCGACUUCGGCCAGUGCGUGCCCAAGGGGAAGCCGGCCGUCACCUUCUGCCAGCAGCUGGUGCGCACCAUCGGCCACUUCCAGUGCGCGUCGGGCCAGGAGAAGGAGCUGCGCGAGUACGUGGCGCAGGUGACCAAGGUGAGCGGGCUGCUGCAGAACAUCUGGAAGGCCGAGCCCGCCACGCUGCUGCCCUCGCUGCAGGAGGUCUUCGCCAGCAUCUCCUCCACCGAUGCAGCGUAUGAGCCUUCCGUGGCGUUGGCGAGCCUGGUGCAGCAUAUCCCUCUUCAGAUGAUCACGGUUCUGAUCAGGAGCCUGACCACAGACCCCAAUGUCAAAGACGCCAGCAUGACCCAAGCUCUGUGCAGGAUGAUUGACUGGUUGUCCUGGCCGUUGGCUCAGCACGUGGACACGUGGGUGAUCGCCCUCCUGAAAGGUCUGGCAGCUGUCCAGAAGUUCACUAUUCUCAUAGAUGUUACUUUGCUGAAAAUAGAACUGGUUUUUAAUCGACUUUGGUUUCCUCUUGUGAGACCUGGUGCUCUUGCAGUUCUUUCUCACAUGCUGCUUAGUUUUCAGCAUUCUCCUGAGGCUUUCCAUUUGGUGGUUCCCCACGUGGUUAAUUUGGUUCAUUCCUUCCGAAGCGAUGGCCUGUCCUCCAGCACCGCCUUCCUGGUGCAGCUGACCGAACUGGUCCACUGCAUGAUGUAUCAUUACUCUGGAUUUCCAGACCUCUAUGAACCUAUUCUGGAAGCAAUAAAGGAUUUUCCUAAGCCCAGUGAAGAGAAGAUUAAAUUGAUUCUCAAUCAAAGUGCCUGGACUUCUCAAUCAAAUUCUUUGGCAUCUUGCUUAUCUAGACUUUCUGGAAAAUCUGAAACUGGAAAAACUGGUCUUAUUAACCUCGGAAAUACGUGUUAUAUGAACAGUGUUAUACAAGCAUUGUUUAUGGCCACUGAUUUCAGGAGACAAGUAUUAUCUUUAAAUUUAAAUGGGUGCAAUUCAUUAAUGAAAAAGCUCCAGCAUCUUUUUGCAUUUUUGGCUCAUACCCAGAGAGAAGCCUACGCGCCGCGAAUAUUCUUCGAGGCUUCCAGACCGCCAUGGUUCACCCCCAGGUCCCAGCAGGACUGCUCUGAGUACCUCAGGUUUCUACUGGACAGGCUGCACGAGGAGGAGAAGGUCCUGAAGGCUCAGUCUCCGCCCAGCCUUCCCGACAGCCUGGAGUUGGGCGAGACCUCCUUACAAGAGGUCGCCAGCAAGGCCGCCCUCCUCCCCGAGACCCCCGGGCCCGCUGACGCUGAGAAGACCCUGAUAGAAAGGAUGUUUGUGGGAAAGCUGCGAACGCACAUAUGUUGUUUGAACUGCCGGAGUACCUCACAGAAGGUGGAAGCUUUCACGGACCUCUCCCUUGCCUUCUGCCCUUCCUCUGCCGUGGAGAACUUGUCUUUCCCCGAGCCGGCGGCGUCCCUGAGUCCACAGUACACGAUGGACGGUGAGCGGAUGCAGGCCAGCGUGGCCGGUGCCCCCGAAGACCUGGGCAUCUUCGACGUGGAGACGGCGGCCUUCGUGUGCGACCCGGCUCUGAGCGACAGCCUGCUGGGCAGCCCUGCCCGCGACCUGCCCGACCCCGACCCCGCCUCUGACCCCCGCCCGGCCAGCAAGAUCCUGGCGACGAAGGAUGUACCUCAGAAACCCGGAGGGGAAACCCCGCCUUCAGUAACCGACUUACUAAAUUAUUUUUUGGCUCCUGAAAUUCUUACUGGUGACAACCAAUAUUACUGCGAAAACUGUGCCUCUCUCCAAAAUGCCGAGAAAACCAUGCAGAUCACCGAGGAACCCGAGUACCUUAUUCUCACUCUCCUGAGGUUUUCCUAUGAUCAGAAGUACCACGUGCGGAGGAAAAUCUUAGACAACGUGUCCCUGCCGCUGCUCCUCGAGUUGCCAGUGAAAAGAACUUCUUCCCUGUCUUCCCUGGCCGAGAGCUGGUCUCUGGAUGUCGACUUCACCGACAUCAGCGAGAACCUCGCCAAAAAGCUGAAGCCUUCGGGGACGGAUGACAGCUGCUGCCCCAAGCUGGUGCCCUAUCUCCUGAGCUCCGUGGUGGUGCACUCGGGCAUCUCCUCCGAGAGCGGGCAUUACUACUCCUACGCCAGGAACGUCACGGGGACGGAGCCCGCGGCGUGCCAGAUGUGCCACCCGUCGGACAGCCUGGCCUUCGCACCCGCCCAGGCCCACCUGCUGGGCGAACAGAGCCCCGGCCCCGUGAUCGAGCAGGACCUAGAAAACAACGACGUGUCAAAGGAGUGGUUCUUGUUUAAUGACAGCAGGGUGACGUUCACUUCCUUUCAGUCAGUCCAGAAAAUCACGAGCAGGUUUCCAAAGGAUACAGCUUACGUGCUUUUGUAUAAAAAACAGAAUCUCACGAACAGUUUAGGGGACAAUAAUUCAGCCAGUGGACUCUGGGUAAAUGGAGACCCACCUCUGCAGAAAGAACUUAUGGAUGCAAUUACAAAAGACAAUAAACUGUAUUUACAGGAGCAAGAGUUGAACGCGCGGGCCCGGGCCCUGCAAGCCGCAUCUGCCUCCUGCUCCUUCCGGCCCAACGGAUUCGACGACAACGACCCGCCGGGAAGCUGUGGACCGAGUGGGGGCGGUGGGGGCGGUGGCUUCAACGCCGUGGGCAGGCUGGUGUUUUGAUCCGAACUGCACUGAUACGAGAUAGCCAAUACUGUGACGGUUCAAACGUCAGACUGUAACGAAUAUCAGACCUACCCUUUAUUUUUUUUUUCUUUCCAUUAGACCCUUCUACUUUGAAGAAAACACACUCAGCGCUUGUUUUGAUUUUCUUGACAAUACAUUUAUUAACAAAACGUGCAUCAUGGGGAAAAAAAAAAUCUACCUCUUAAAAUUCCAUUUGCUUUUAUAGUUUAGACAUGCUCGACCAAAAAUUGUCAGAGGAAAAUGAAAAGUGUACCUGGUCCCUAAUUAAGCUGCAUUAAAUUUAGUAGACGCAUUUAAAUGUUCUUUAAUCCUUGGUUUUACUUAACAAAAAGGUAAAGUUUGUUUAGUAUCCUUUGUAGAAUUGAUGUUAAAAGUGGUAGAAAUACUGUGGUAAUUUUUUUUAAGAAAAAAAAAAGGAAGAAUGCUUUGUUUCCAAUGUAGUUACCUGAUUACUAAGUUCCAAUCCUUGAAAAUACUAGAGAUGAUACAGUCUCUUCUGAAGGCAAUAAUAGUUUCUCAAGCUCUCGGACUUUUCAGGGUUUUAUUUCUUGCUGUCUUCAGCAUCACUGUAUCUGCGUUUCAAGAACAAAUGUUUUUUUAAAAGGAUUAUUUAUACAUACGUGCUGACUUGAUCUUAAGAGUGCAUGAUUCUGUAGAAACGACAUUUUUACCUAAGAAUUGCUAACUUUGUAGUGUUUCUAAUUGUUUAAGGAUCUUGAAUUUCUAUUUCAGGGAGUAUAUCUUCUGUGUGUUUGGAAGGAGGUGAGUUCUGUAUGUGCCUUGCAGUACUGUAAUUCAAAAAAUAGGAAUCUUUGGCUGCGGAAAAGCUUCUUUUUUUUUUUUAAUGAAAUGUUAGGAAGUAAUUUUUGUGCUAACAUGAACAUUAUAACUUUUUGAGAGGUAUUAGAUUUUCUUGAAGUAAAAUCUGAUGGCUCUAAAUCAAUAAUUGUGAUUAUUUUUAACUUUUGGAUGAAUUCAGAAGUGAACCUGAUCGGGGGAAAAAAAAAAUCUUUGAUUUUAUUACUUGAUCCUCCAAAUAUUAAACAUCGAUCACAUAUUUUCA